CCUUCCCCAGCCGCCUCACACCAUUUCCAUGUCUCCCACUUCUCUCUCUCUCUCUCUCUCUUCUCUCUCUUUAUAUAUAUAUAUAUAUAACACAAUUCUCCAGUACUGCUCAAACGUCUCUCUCUCUCUCUCUCUCUCAAUGGCCGACCCACCUGCAGGCUCUGUCACAUCCGAUACUCGCAGGAGGGGAGCCGGAAAGCGAGCAACCACGCCUGUUGACGAUGCUGACCCGGUCGUGACUCCACCCACCGCCCCGUGCGGGGCCUGCAAGUUUCUCAGGAGGAGGUGCGUUAGCGGCUGCAUAUUCGCUCCCCACUUUGGCUCCGACCAAGGCUCGGCGAGGUUCGCCGCCGUGCACAAGGUGUUCGGAGCCAGCAACGUCUCCAAAUUGUUGAUGCACAUCCCGGUGAGCCGCCGGCAGGACGCCGUUGUGACAAUAUCGUAUGAAGCUCAGUCCCGGCUUUCUGAUCCCGUCUAUGGCUGUGUGUCGACCAUACUUGCUUUGCAGCAACAGGUGGCUUCUCUGCAAGCGGAGCUUGCAAUGGUGCAGAACCAGCUGAUGAACAGCAGGCUGGCAGUGGCGAACGCCAUGCAGAGUUCGCAGCAGCAGCAGCAGCAAAUGACGGUGCUGCAGCCGGCGUUCUCGAACAACUCGUCGGCGUCGAACACCUUAGUUAACAUGAGCAACUUCAACUCCAGUUUCGACCUCACGGCAGAGACGGCUCCUUCGGGCCACAAUUUCGAGCCCCACCAGCUGUCGAAGCGGUGUCAAGACGACGAGGACGAGGAGGAAGAGAGCCAGAAUCUGGUGGCGUUUGCCAACCAGAUGCUUCAUCCAAGAUAAAUAAUUUUUCUUUUUCUUUGACCUCUCUAGCUAUUAACGGCCUUGCCUCUUAUGCCAUGCACUAGUGUCUAGUGGCUCCCUCACACCUGUUAAUAAUUAAGAAAUGUCAUCAUUUCUAAGAUAUAUAUUCUUCUAACUUGCACGAUCUCUUUUAUAUAUUGAGACACAAUUAUUUUAAUUAAUUCUUACUCCUUUUUAUUCCAAACAAAAGAAUUAAUUAAAGCUCUAAUUAAAUUAAGAGAAGGUUUUAAAGUUCCCAUUAAUUAAUAAUAAAAU